GCAAAAUAAAUAAAGUUCAAUUCAUAAAACUUUAUCAAUAAUUUUACACUAAAAUAUUUGUAAAGUCUUAGCUAAAUGAAGCUAUUAAAACCCAGUUGGGUCAAUCACGAUGACAAACCGAUAUUUUCUGUGGAUAUACAUCCGACUGGAAAAUAUUUUGCGACCGGGGGACAAGGUGGAUACUCGGGCAGAGUAGUUGUGUGGAACUUGAACUCGGUGCUAUGUGAAUCCGUAGAAUUAGACCCAAAUGUUCCAAAAAUAAUUUGCCAAAUGGACAACCACCUAGCAUGUGUAAAUAGUGUCCGUUGGAGUAAUGGGGGUAAAUACCUGGCUUCUGGAGGAGAUGACAAAUUGAUUAUGGUGUGGGGUAUUAGUAUGGCCCCUGGAGCACCUGGAAAGCACAAAGCUGAAACCUGGAGGUGUUUGUCUACUUUAAGAGGGCAUGCAGGUGAUGUCUUAGACCUAGCAUGGUCGCCGUUAGACAAAUGGCUGGCUAGCUGCAGCGUGGAUAAUACAAUCAUUAUAUGGAAUGCUGAGAAAUUUCCGGAAAUGGUGUCAGUAUUAAAUGGUCACACUGGCUUAGUCAAGGGUGUUACAUGGGAUCCUGUUGGCAAAUAUUUGGCAUCGCAAUCUGAUGACAAAACCCUGAGGCUAUGGAAGACUACUGAUUGGGCACAAGAGGCACUCAUCACAAAACCAUUUUAUGAAUGUGGGGGCACAACCCACGUUCUUCGUCUUUCCUGGUCUCCGGACGGCCAGUACGUCUUGUCAGCUCACGCGAUGAAUCGUGGCGGUCCCACUGCGAGGGUCGUGGAGCGAGAUGGCUGGAGAUGUGAUAAAGAUUUCGUGGGUCACAGAAAAGCUGUAACUUGUGCUCGCUUUAACAGCAACAUCUUCGUGAGGGAAGGCAAGAAGUGCUGUUGUGCCGCCGUCGGGUCCCGGGACCGCGCGCUCAGCAUCUGGCAGACGUCGCUGAAGAGGCCGCUGGUCGUCAUACACGACCUGUUCAGUGACAGCGUCCUGGAUAUAUCUUGGAGCUCCGAUGGACUCAGCCUUUUAGCUUGUAGUUCGGAUGGAACGGUCGCUUGCCUACAGUUUACGAACAAAGAAAUCGGUACACCGCUCACUCUGGAAGAGAAGAACGCAUUCUACGAGAAGAUCUAUGGUAAAGUUUUGGCGAACGAGUCCGGCGGCGAUCUCUCGUCGAACUUACUGGUAGAGUGCCCGGAGAUCCUGCUCGCCAGAGAGAAGCAGGAAGCCAAGAAGGAAGCUGCCGCAGCUGCUAAGGAAGAUUCCACGCCUAAGAGCGAGAAAUCACAAAGCGCGCCACUGGCGAGGUCGUCGCCCGCGUCCCCCGGCCCGCCGCGCCCGCUGCGGCCCCUGGACCGACAGAUCGAGACGCGCACGUCCGACGGGAAGAGACGCAUCACGCCCGUCUUCAUACCGCACUCGCAGCUCGACGCCAAUGAAUCCCUCGGCUCUCAGCCCGGCGGCUCGGAGAACUGUUUCAGCACAUCCUCGCAGAGCAAGUCCAGGAUCCGGGUGGAAGUCCGGGACGAUAUCGUGAUACACCCGAACGUCAGCAAUCACUCCAUGUCCGCGCUGCAGAACAACUCUAGGACCUCAGAUAACGGUCUAGACAGUCGGCUGCGCAAGCGCACGGCGUCGUCGCUGCCCGGGCCCCGCACGGACGAGCUGCUGCACAAGCGGCCGUGCCCCUCCCCCGCGCCCGCGCCCGCCGCCGCGCCGCUGCUGCCCGCGCCCGCGCUCGGCGUGGCCGGCCCCGUCGUCAGAGCUGCUGGGCCACUGAGGCUGCAGGUGGUGAACAAAGCCUGCAACACACAUUUCGGCACCCUGUCCCGGCUGCAACUCAUACCCAACAACUCCGCCUCGAAUGAUCCCGUUUGGGAAACUUAUCUAGGCUCCCCGGUGUGCUGCAUCGCGUGCGACGCUCGCUGGGCGUGCGUGUCGUGCGCGGACGGCACGCUGCACGCGUGGCGCGUCUCGCGGUCGCACGCCGCGCGGGCCCUGCCGCCGCUGGCACUGCCGGCGGCGGCGGCCCGCCUCACGCUGUGUGGGGACACGCUGGCGGCGGUGACGGUGACGGCGGAGCUGGCCAUCUGGGACCUGGCCGCCGCCGCCUGCCUCGUGCGACCACUCUGCUUCAGAUCCCUACUGACCCCUGGAGCUACGGUAACGAAUUGUUCUCUGCUGGAGGACGGCAACCCUUUGAUCUCAUUAAGCAACGGGAAGACUUACAUAUACAGCCAGAAACUGUGCGCCUGGGUGGUGUGGACGAACACGUGCGACCCGGUGUGGCGAGCCAGCGCGGGCGUAGCGGCCACUCGGCCCCCCCGCGCCGCCCCCCUGCUGUACCCGCGGCCCCGCACCGCGCGCCCCGCCCCCUCGCGCAGCGCAUACAGCGCGGAGGCGGCCCGCAGCUGGCUGGAGGCGCAGGUGGCGUCGUGUCUGCACUUGCGGCUGUCCAAGGACUACAGGCACUGGCUCACCGCGCUGUUCGCCCACCUCGUGCACCACGGCUCGGAGGAGCAGCUGAGAACGAUACUAGACGACAUGCUGGGGCCAAGCCACUGCACCUCCGCGCCCAGCUGCUGGCAGGCGACCGUGCUGGGUAUAAACAAGCACGACAUGCUGGAGGAGAUGCUGUCGCAGCUGGUGCAGCAGCUCCGCUGGCAGCGCCUGUACUCGGAGUACGCGGAGCAGCUCGGCGCCGUGCGCGCCCCCGCCGCGCUCCCCAACGGUCACUGACCCCGCGCCGCCGCCGCCGCCGCCCACAGCGCGGGUAGGAACGCCGCGACUGGACAAAUAGAUAUCACUAGAUGAUGACCGCCAUCUUGUUGUGUCUUUAAAGCGGUUAGUUGCCCUCAAUUAAGAAAAAUAGUAUUAUUAUUGGCCAAUAAAUGUCGGAAAG